GGAGCGAAUUGUUCUUUAUCCAUCUCUCUCAAUUUUACUCGGUCUUAACUUUUCAGUAUGUGUGGUGCUGGGUGCCUGCAUACUAACUUGAUAUUAUAAAGCUGGGUCGUCGUUACCAACAAUGCUCGAUUUCAUGGACUACAUCCAACUCGCCUUCGCCGAGGCAACGGAGUGGAAUCGCGACAAUUCGUACUCGUCGCUCACGGCCACCGCGCAGUCGCUCCUUGACUUUACGACUCCCGAACGCCUGCGCGUCCACCUUUCCUCCCUAUCCACCCCACACUUCGCAACGAGUUACACCCUCGGCACCGUAGGCUUGAUCGAUGGCUCCGUGUCGUAUCUCUACAGCACGGUGCCGUUCGACAACACCCCCAGCCGAAGUGCGCUGAUCCCUCUCCGCAAACUCGCCCCGGGAUAUCGCCAAGUGCAGGCCCCCGUCGCCCCCGUCGAAAAUUGGGGAUGGGACUCGAUCCUCGAUGGCGCGCAAUCCGGCUCGAAACAGCCCUCAGCUUUAUCAACUCCUCUCGCGCAAAAGGCCACCCUCCUCAAUGCCACCCUUCACCUCCCUCCCCCGACAACCCUCAAUGCGCUCUUCCUGCGCCGCAUCUCGCCCACGAUGCAGCUCACCUUGGCCGUCUGCUCGACGCGAGGCCCGCCCUUGUCCAAAUCCGCACCACAGGCUUCCCUCCUGACGCAGCUGUCCCACGACACGGGCAAAUACAGCAACGAGUACCUUUUCAGCACCGACAACGCGCUCUUCGGCUGGCGCGGACUAUGGAACUUCGGCCCCGACCCGCGCACCUCGAAGGGUGAUGCUGCCUCGCCGCGUCUCUCGCUGCUCUCCGCCGGCGCAGAGGCCUACUAUUCCCCCGUCUCCUCGCUGAUCGGCAUGUCUACCGGCUUGCGAUUCAGCACGCUUCCAGCUGCCACGGACCUUCCGUCCUCCGUGACAUCUACAUCUAUACCUUCGACAACUCCCUCUUCCUCCACCAACACCCCAACCACAACCAGCAACACCAACAAUAACAACAACGCCCACCCCAUCUCCACCUUCCCCUACACACUAACCCUAACCCUCACCCCCCUCACCGGCUCCCUCUCAACGACGUACUCCCUCCGCGCAUCCCCAAACCUCGCCUUCAGCUCCCGCUUCGGCUUCAACGUCUACAGCUGGGAAAGCGAAAUGGUAGCAGGCUGCGAACUGUGGCGCCGCAGUCCAACCCGCAACACCAAGGAUGAUCCAAACUGGGACGGUCUAGAAUGGGCCCGUCGGAAGAUGCGCACCUGGGACGAUCCGCCCUCCUCUUCCUCUUCCCUUUCCCAUCACCCUGGACCUGAACCCGAACCCUCAACCUCCCCAACAAUCUCGAACAUCACCCCCCACGGCGAAGAAAAAGAAGAAGAAGCGAACGGCUCGGUGCUGAAGAUACGGGUUGACCAGUCGUGGAAUGUACGCCUUCUAUGGGAGGGUCGAGUGAAGGAGCUAUUGGUUAGUGCGGGGGUUGGGUUAGGACCGAGUUCGUUUUCUUCGUCGUCUUCUUCAUGGGCGAGUUCGAAUGGGUCGUCGGGACAGAGUGGUGGGGGAGGAGGACCUGGGAAGUCGUAUUGGAGGGGAGUGGGGGUUUCGGUGUUGUAUUCUUCUUGAACCCUUCAAGCUCUACGGAGUGGAUAGUGAGUGGAGUUGUAGGUGAUUGAUCUGAAUGUAGAGAGGAGAGGAGAGAAAAUGAGGUAUGAUGUAUAUGAAGUGGGAAUUUUAUCUGUAUAUAUAGAUAGUUAUAGUGUUUUGAUAUAGAAAUAGUACUUAUUACCCC